CUAGACACAAAGGCACAGCAUCUUUCCCAGAGAGAUCAGCAGAGCGGAGCACGCCUGCAGAACAGACGUUUUGAACUUCGGCCUUUGUGCCCAGCCCCGAUCCUCCCCCCGUGGUGCAGGUUCUGGGGGAUCAUGCUGAAUAUGCUGUUGCUGAGUUGGGGGGUGCUGCAGGGAAUCCAGGCCAUCCUCUCCUCUGACCUCGGCAGCAGUCACCUGUCAGAGAUGCGCCCCAGUCUGGAUGGGGCAGACAGUUCCAGCUACCCCAGCCUUCUGCGGAAACUCAAGGAGGCCCCCGUGGGGCCCGCAGGGACUUUACCAAGGCCUGGGUUUGACAGGAUGGCUAUGGAGCUCCGCGUAGCUGAUGAGGACCUCAUGCAGGAAGCCAGUGUACUGGAGCCAGAGGUGUUGUCUGCUGCACUGGGGGCUCAGGGACGAGAGGAGCGCUCUCCACGCAGAUGCGUCCGCCUGCUGGAAUCCUGCCUUGGGCACCAGCUCCCCUGCUGUGAUCCUUGUGCCACCUGCUACUGCCGCUUCUUCAAUGCCUUUUGCUAUUGCAGGAAAAUCAAUGCCACGUUCCCAUGUGGCAAGAACUAGCUUUGGUUUGUUCCCCGCCAACCCCUUUUUUCGCUCGUUGGAUUAGUAACUGUUUUUCCUUACGCCCAUGUGCCCUAUGCAGUUCCAAUAAACCAUCUA